CCGUUCAAAUCCCUAAACCUUUUCUUUUUCUCUCCAUGAGGUUUACAAUUUAGUUUUUAAGCUUUGUGGGGUUCUGUUUGUUGUUCUUUAUUCUAUUUUUGUGUGUGUUUUUGCAGGGAAUGGAAGAAAAUUGCAGGAGGUUGAAGGAGAUAAACAAGAAGUUGAGAAGGGAGAUUUAAUGGAAAUUAUAUCCCUUUCCCAACUAUGAAUUUGUUAUUAUUUUGUUUCAUUUUAUUGCUUGAUUAGAAUGGGGGAGAUAAAGGACAACGACACCUACGAGGAAGAGCUUCUCGACUGAGAAGAAGAAGAUGAAAAAGCCCCCGACUCUGCCUCCAUUAAGGCUGCUGAUUCUGCUAAGAAGGGGUAUGUUGGAAUGCACAGUUCAGGAUUCAGAGACUUUCUGCUAAAACCGGAGCUGCUUCAAUCUAUUGUGGAUUCUGGUUUUGAACAUCCUUCCGAAGUCACAGUUAUAAGAGUUCUCAUGCAUAGUCCCAAAAGCAAAGCAAAUGUUGAUACUAUUAUUGAAAGGUGUGCUGGUGCAGGGCAUUUACGAGAUGAUAUCUUCCAUUAUAGUAAGGAACCAGCUGAAUACUUGCUUAGUGACCUGCCAAGCUCUUAUGGCAAAGGUGCAACCAGUAGCUCAAUGGGGUUUGACAAGGAACUGAACAAGGAAGUUGCUAUUAAAGUUAUUGAUUUAGAAGAAUCUCUCAUGCAUGAAGUUAUGUUUUCAACAGAAGACAAACCAAAACUUCUUAGUCAGAAACACAUGCCCUAUGCCCUAUUUUCGUUUAAGGACCGCCAAGGAAAUUCUGAAACUGAAAGCUGAUUGAUCGGAUGUGUAUGUCGGCUUUCAUCAACUACUUUCAAAGGCCUUACUAGGAAUUGAAAUGGUGUGCAAAGAGAUUGCUUCUUUUGAUCUGAUUUUUCGAUAUAAAUACUGGACAAAGUAUGAAUAUUUCUUGUCAGUUCCAUUUACUGUUGUUAGUAAAAUAAGAUUCUCUUCUUAGGAUCUUAGUUUCUUCCCUUGUAUUAGACUUAACAAUGGCUUGCAUUGCAUUGGUUUUGAUUUUACCUAAAUUUUGAGGUUUAUAAUUUAUAAUUUAUAUUAAUUAUUUA